GGAUGUCGCCGUCUGCUUCGCGUUCGAGUUCCAUCGUCUUCGGCCCCGACGGCGCCCGCAGCCGACCGGUCGAGUAGGCGCGCCUCCGCGCAAUGGCUGCGCCCCCGCCUCGUCUGCUGCGCGGCCGACUUGGCUCGUCCGCGAAGCAUCACGCCCGCGCCGACGAUGCCGAGGCGUACCCCGCUGCGCGUGGGAAUGGCGGCGCGCCCUCGUCGUCCACCGCGCUGCGCCGUCGCCGCUCGUCCACUCUGUCUCCGGAGGACGCUCUCCGGCUGCGGUCGGUGUCCCUGCCCGCCUGGUCGCCGCUGUGCGCGCAGCGCAACAGCCGCGCGUCCAGCGUCGCAUCGUGCUCCCGCCGCGCCGCGCGAGGCUCUGCCGCGGUCGAGUGCCGUCGCUCGCAGCAGGAGGCCGUGCUCGCGGCAGCCGCGGCCGGCAUGGCUGCUGCCAGGGCCGCCGGCAGGACGCCCUACGUGCCCGUCGGACACCAACAGGUCCCCGGAGUCGGCGCCAUGGGCCGGACGGGCUACACGUGCGUCCGCCGCACGCUCUGCUGCUACAACCUGCUCUUCUGGAUCCUGGGCUGCGGCGUGACCGGCGUGGGCGUGUGGCUGCACGUGGCGUACGGCGGCUACUCGACGCUGCUCCCCACGCACCGGGUGCUCAGCGCCGACGGGCUCUGCCUCACCGCGGGCGCCAUCACCUUCCUCGUGGCCUUCCUCGGCUGCUGCGGCGCCUGGUUCCAGAGCCGGUGCAUGCUCGCCACGUACUUUGUGCUGGUGAUCCUCAUCUUCUUACUCGAAUUUGCCGCUGGAACUCUGGGCUUCAUCUACCGUCGCCAUAUUGGCCAGUCACUAAUGGAGGAACUGAAGGUGGGCAUUGAGCACAAGUACGACCCGGAUAGCGACAAUGGGCUUGCCGAGCUCUGGGACCAGAUCCACACAAAGUUUGAGUGUUGCGGCGUCCACAGCUACCGCGACUGGCACCGCAUUUCAGCGUGGCCCAACGAAGAGUGGGUGCCCCAGUCGUGCUGCCUGGAGGAGUUUGUUAACGGCACAGCGUGCGCCACUUCCAAGAACCCGCGUCUCAUCCACGAGGGGGGCUGCUACCGCAAGUUGCACCUGUGGAUCAUGAAGCGGCUCUACAUUGUGGGCAUUGUGUGCAUGAGCUUUGCCUUUGUCCAGCUGUUUGGCCUCAUCUCAGCUAUGCUGCUGCUCUGUACAAGUGCCGAGAAGAAGAAAAAGAAAAAAUACAACUCGAGAUACAUCCAAUAUGCAGCAAUGGUCUGAACCAGCCACACCCAUGCUUUGCAAAAUUGCUCGAGGAGGCGACACCAUAGGAAAAUGGUGUUUCAAGCCAUUAUGUUUGUGUUGAGUGAAAAUAAGAAUGCAGGUACGGUGAUCCCAUCGCUGGUCAGCAGUCGGCAUCGUGUGUUCAUGCAAAGAAGUCUCGUAGUCGUGAGCAGACAGCAGUGACCAGUGCCGACUACUGUCACGGAGGGAGGUGAUCUGAUGGCUGUGUGCCCAUGAUGCUGCAGCACUCUGACUUUGUAGAAAAACUUUUAUCCAUUCAGGUUUCAGUGGUCCAUUUCCCCGGGCGGUACAGAUGUCGCUCGGUCGUGGUGCCGGCCUUCUGUCGACGAUGUGCACUCAUUGUCGACUGUGACGCCUCUGUGCGCAUAUUAAUUGAAGACGUUUCAUGCGCAUACAUCACAGGGCUGCCUGCGACUUUUGCUUUUAGGGUAGGAGUUGUUGAGGGACUUGGUACCACAUUUAUACUUGGCAAGAUAACUACGUUUGCGUCAGCUCGGGGGUAACUCCUUGACCGUGUCAGAAGGCUUUACUUCAAUCAUUCUUCUAGCUAUAUUGUUUUUUUUUUCAUCGUGUAUGCCUGACAGUGAGGCAGUUUGUACUGCUUUGUCUAGACAAAUGCUGUCAGUGUGAAGCUUUGCUGGGCACAAGUUAAUGUCAGCUGUGCAAGUUGGCCAGCUCAGUGUAUUUUGUAAACAAGCGCUCAGAAUGUAGUGUAUUGGUGGUCAGUGGGUACUGCAGGAAAACAAGGCACGUAGGCGUAUCUAGUGUUGUUGUGUUAUGCCCUCAAAGUGUGAAUAGUGCCUGUGUCACUCUGCUUGUAUUGUACCAUUCUGACUGUGCAUAAUGCACCAUCUUUAUGCUAAGGACUUGGCCAGAAACCACCUUUCCUUGUUUUUUCUUUUUUCAUGUGGGCAUUUGUUGUAUGGGGUUGUCUUGUUUUGGUUUGUGAAUGCAUGGAGCGAAUUACCACCCCUCUCUUUCUGUGUGAGUUCUUUGUUUGAUAUUUUUGGGGCUAUGUAGUCAAACCUCGUGUUAACGAAUGUCCACUGCGGAGAUGUGUUCAAGCCGCAUCUGACUCAAAAAUACCUUUAUUAUAGUUCAUAUUCAUUAUAAACAUAUAUAGCCAAGUGCCUUUAUAAUGAAGUGCUUGGGACUACCAAAAUUCUUCGUUUACAGGUCACUUCGUUGUAAUGAUUACGCACUGUACUGCUCACAACAGAGCAGUUUAGAUACAUUUAACAUGAGAAAACCUUCAUUCAACAUUAAUUCAAGAGGGACUUAGUGAAAUAUGUUGCUACUUUUUUGAACAAUUCGUCUGGCAGAAUGUGCGACUGCAGCCAGCAUCGCUGCACUGAGGCACAAAGCAUUCUUCGCGGCAAAAUGCAGGAACGACGCCAAGUAAAACUGUAGAUUGUCGAAUGAAGCUAUUGCCUUCAUUGCCUUUGAAAUUCUUUGUUUACAGUCUGUUCCUCACUGUUGCCUUUGUUGACAUUCACUUCUUUAACAUCAAACGAAGUCUUCAAAGCCCUUGAGGGCUUUGAAGACUUCGUCGAUUGUCAGUUAUGGUAACACCAUGACAUCAUCAACUCCGACGUAUUCAUGAGCUGUCGCACUCACUGAUGUGUUACAACAGGUAGCAUACUAGCUGAGGAAUUCCUGGAACAGUACAGCAAGGCUGUGAGUAGCGUGAGCAAUGUACUUUUUGGGGGUUUUCUUUGUUAUAUCUAAUAAUUAUGUAUAUUCGCGUUCGUUAUAUCGAGAUUUGAUUGUAUAGGAUGACUGCAAGGUUUUGCAACUCGCAGAUCAAUGAUUAAGGGGACUGUUGGCAUUUCCUGUCAAAGAGCAUGUUCCACAUAAACCAGUAGCUUCUGUGUGGUAAAUUCACUGCAGGCUUUGGAGGCAGUAAUGGACAAGGCAAGCUCUAAUGUUGAAGUUGAUACGAAAUGCUUCAUUUGUAUAACAUUUAUUGAGACAAAACUGGCUUAGCAAGUAAUGUAACAAUACUGUAUACACUAAAAGUAAGGGCCACUCUCGUGUAAGAACCGCAUCCUCAGCUUGGCAGCGUAACAUCUGGGGAAAAAUAAAAAGGGUAAACAAAAAGGCUUAGUUGUUGCUUGUCACCUUUAAUUUUGAGUGUGUCGACUGGGGUGCCUUCAGACAAUGUUGUAAAAAUCUUUAAAACUCGCAGACAUAUCUAAUGCCGUAAAUGGCAUGGAGGACCGGCAUAUUCUCGAUACCUGCUGCCGAACCGUGCCUCAGCAGCGGUGACAGUGAGCGAGUACUAGAUAGGCACCCAUGGCAUGAUGUGCAUGCAUGAACAAGUAAUGCAUUAUGACAACAACAGUGUUUGCUCUUUCGCUACGCAGGGAUCAUGUCGAUAAUAUGUAGCCGUAAAAAUUGAACUGAAAUGGCCCACCCCUGUGUAAGAGUUGUAAUUACACGAGUGUAUACAGUAGUUGGGGGAUGACGAGAGAGCAUAAGUUGAGGGUAAUUGUGGUCAGUAUUAUGGGUUGCUUUUAAAUUCAUGGGAAAAUCUUGCAUAGCAUAGUCUAGACUUUGCCAUUUGGAUAUGGUCUACCACGCCAUUGUUUCAUUCUGUGUGUUGCUGCAAGGUCGUCUCAUGUGGUACUAUCAUCAGUGCCUGUGGAAAGUGAAAAGUGUUCUUGUCUCGUGGUCAAGGUAUCUUUUACAAUAUAUUUUUCUUUUUUUAUCGACCAGGGUGACAGUACCACUGUGUUGCGUUUGAAAAUGAUGCAAAUAAGUUUAGCAAGUGUGAACUAUUUGACUGGGAGCCUCUUCU